CUGACGGUCGUCGGGCAGAAAUACUCGCUGGACAACGAGAAAAUCCUCCUGAGGGGCUGCACCCUGAGGAACACCCACUGGUGCUUCGGCCUGGUGCUGUUCGGAGGUCCGGAGACUAAACUGAUGCAAAACUGCGGGAAAAGCACUUUUAAGAGGACCAGCGUGGACCGUCUGAUGAACGUUCUCGUCCUUUGUAUCUUUGGCUUUUUGGCCUUCAUGUGCACGGUGCUGGCGAUAGGAAACUACAUCUGGCAGCUGCAGGAGGGGUCAGAGUUCACCGCCUUCCUGGAGAGAGAAGACGGAAACAGUCCCGCCUUCUCCUCCUUCCUCACCUUCUGGUCCUACAUCAUCAUCCUCAACACCGUGGUGCCCAUCUCCCUUUACGUCAGUCACCGGCAGAGCCUGCCGCACCUUCAGGCUGACCUCCUGCUGCUGUCCAGCAGUGAACCGCUCAACCUGGUCUACAUCGAAACGGCCGAGCUGGACGGAGAGACCAACCUAAAGGUGCGGCAGGCUCUGCCGGUGACUGGAGACCUGGGAGACGACAUAGAGAAACUGGCAGACUUCAACGGCGAGGUGCACUGUGAGCCCCCUAACAACCGUCUGGACCGUUUCACGGGGACUCUGACGGUCGUCGGGCAGAAAUACUCGCUGGACAACGAGAAAAUCCUCCUGAGGGGCUGCACCCUGAGGAACACCCACUGGUGCUUCGGCCUGGUGCUGUUCGGAGGUCCGGAGACUAAACUGAUGCAAAACUGCGGGAAAAGCACUUUUAAGAGGACCAGCGUGGACCGUCUGAUGAACGUUCUCGUCCUCUGUAUCUUUGGCUUUUUGGCCUUCAUGUGCACGGUGCUGGCGAUAGGAAACUACAUCUGGCAGCAGCAGGAGGGGUCAGAGUUCACCGCCUUCCUGGAGAGAGAAGACGGAAACAGUCCCGCCUUCUCCUCCUUCCUCACCUUCUGGUCCUACAUCAUCAUCCUCAACACCGUGGUGCCCAUCUCUCUUUAUGUCAGCGUGGAGAUCAUCCGUCUGGGGAACAGCUUCUACAUCGACUGGGACAGGAAGAUGUACUUUUCCCGCAGCGACACACCGGCGGAGGCGCGCACCACCACCCUGAACGAAGAACUGGGCCAGAUCAAAUACGUGUUCAGCGACAAGACGGGAACGCUCACGCAGAACAUCAUGGUCUUCAACAAGUGCUCCAUCAACGGGAAAUCCUACGGAGAUGUGUAUGAUUACACCGGCCAGCGGCUGGAAAUCUCAGAGCACAGGGACCCGGUGGAUUUCUCCUUUAACCCUCUGGCGGACCCCCGGUUCCUGUUCUUCGACCACUCACUGGUGGAGGCCGUAAAGAUGGAAAACCCCGAGGUGCACGCCUUCUUCAGGCUGCUGGCGCUCUGCCACACCGCCAUGGCCGAGGAGAAGAAGGAAGGGGAGCUUUUGUACCAGGCCCAGUCCCCGGAUGAAGGAGCCCUGGUGACAGCAGCCAGAAACUUUGGGUUCGUUUUCCGCUCGAGAACGCCCGACAGCAUCUCCAUCGUGGAGAUGGGACGCCAGCAGACCUACGAACUCCUGGCCAUCCUGGAUUUCAACAACGUACGGAAGAGGAUGUCUGUAAUCGGAAUCUAG